AUGGCAAAUUCAAAGCAAAAAAUUAUGGAGGCAUUGCGUUCUGGAGCUUUCAUAUUUGUUCCAUAUUCACCUGGAUCCACAGCUGAGGAUGUGGUACCAGGUGUAUUGUUGUCUCGUCAGGAAGUGUACUGGCAUGAUUCAACUGGUUCCAUGGACCAAAUGAAGACGAUCCGUCCUCAGAAUGGCCCAGAUUUGACUAAUUGUCCAUUCAGCAAAAUGUUAUGCUAUGUCUAUCCUGGUCUUCAUGACUUCUUUGUGAAUGAGUGUGGAGUAGAGGAGGCCCCUCCUUUCCGUUGCUAUCUUCAGAUUUUGAUGCAGUUGGCAACUGUCGCCUUGCCUUCACAAGUAGCUAAAACGGUUUUUCAAGUUUUUCUUAACUGGACUGAAGGAUUGAAACACGGAUUACUGAGUUCUGAAGAUGUGGAGUACUUCAAAGAGAGUCUUCUGAAAAUGCAGUUCAAGGUGCUUCCCACUGCACAAGAUAAAUGGGUUUCCUUGCAUCCAUCCUUUGGUUUCGUGUGUUGGGGUGAUGAUGAGAAGUUAAAAAAGGAGUUCAAAUAUCAUGACAAUAUCGAUUUUCUUUACUUUGGUGACCUUAGUGAUGAAGAAAAAGAGAUGCUUCUGGCAAAGGUUUCCAUCCUUAUGCAAAGAUUAGGAAUUCCUGCUCUCUCUGAGGUUGUAACUCGUGAAGCUAUAUAUUAUGGGCCAGCAGACUCUGAUUUUAAGGCUUCAUUGGUAAAUUGGGCUCUUCCAUAUGCUCAGCGCUACAUCUAUAAUGUCCAUCCUGAUAAGUAUCUUCAAUGCAAGCAGUCUGCUGUAGAGAACCUGAGUCGUCUGCGUAUUGUUGUUGUUGAGAAGUUAUUUUAUAGGAAUGUUAUAAAGUCAUCUGAUAUUGCAUCUAAGAAGCGAUUCGAAUGUAGCUGUCUUCUACAGGACAACAUCUUGUACACCACUCAGGAAUCAGAUUCACACUCAAUAUUCAUGGAACUUUCUGAUUUAUUAGUUGAUGGAGUUUCUGGAUUACACUUGGCAAAUUUUCUGCACAUGAUCACUACCAUGGCAGAAUCAGGUUCCUCUGAGGAGCAGACAGAAUUUUUCAUCCUGAAUAGCCAAAAGGUGCAAAAGCUUCCAAAUGAAGAAUUGGUGUGGUCCCUUUCAUCUGCACUAUCAUCAACAGAGAAUGGUGAUAUAUUGAUGACAACUAGUGCUUCGACAAUGGUAGAUGAACCUAACCCUUCACAAGCUAAGAGGAAACCUGGAAUCAACUUGAACUGGCCACCUGUAGAUUGGAAAACUGCACCUGGUUUCAGUUAUGCCCGUGCAAAUAGAUUGAAGACACAAGCAUGCGAUAGCCAACAAAUGGGAAAGGGGGAUGAAGCUGAAGUAGUAGUGGCAGAAACAGAUCAUAUGGCUUCGAUUGAGAUCAAUGCUGAUUGGAUUGUGGAAGAUGAUCCAGCAGGAACUACACCUGCUGUAACUUUACAAGACCCCGAAAUUUCAGGAGAUUUGUCUGAUCGUGCAAACAAUAUGGCUGCUUCGGAUAUGAAUGUUGUAUUUGAUUUUGUUGAUCUAGUAACUGCAUCUGAUGUCCCAAACUCUGGUUCAUCUAAUUCUAUUGAGAGAGAUCAGCUUUCUUUUGGCACAGCCAAUGCACAACAGGCAUUGUUAACAGGGAGACUAGGAGAGUUCGUAGCUUUUAAAUACUUUGUGGGGAAAUUUGGUGGGACAUGCGUGAAAUGGGUCAAUGAAGCUUAUGAAACUGGACUUCCAUAUGACAUUGUCAUAGGAGACGAGGAAAAGAGCAAGGAGUACAUAGAAGUUAAAGCAACAAAAUCUUCUAGGAAGAACUGGUCUAUUAUAUCAGUGAGAGAGUGGCAGUGUGCAUUUGAGAAAGGUGAAUCUUUUAGCAUUGCUCAUGUUGUUCUGUCAGAUAAUAAUGUGGCAAGGGUCACAAUAUACAAGAAUCCCAUAAGACUAUGCCAGCUAGGCAAACUACAGUUGGCUGUUCUAAUGCCAAAGCAGCAGAAGGGUACUUCUAUCAUCUCCUGAGACUCUUGUUCAAUAUUUGUACUUGUGUGGGGUUCCAUGCUGUCAUGAUCGCGGAGUGUGAAUCAUUCUUCAGUUGUCUGAAUUUAUUAUUUCAUUUCAAGAGUGCUUCCGAAAUAAACCAAUAUCAGAUCAGCGCAUAUGGUGGAACAGUGCCUGAAUGCAAUGGUUGCUCCACCGUUGCACUGCCCUGUUAAACUAAGCAGAAGUCUUUGCACCAAAAUGUAGUUCCGGAUUGCUGGAUGUAGCUAUGACAAAGCGGAAAUUUAUAAUCGAGAGAGUUGACUAUAGGAUUCUGAGAUGCUUCUUGUAGGAGUAUCUACUGCACAAGGAUCACUUACAAUACAAGACUCUACCAAGGAAGGGGUUUGGGUUAGGAGCAUUUUUAUCAAAGCCUCUGGUGAACUUUCAAGCUUAUUAAUUGUACUAACAGCAAUUGAAUAAGGAUUUGUAGCUGCAUUGUAAAUACCAUCAGAAAUUCUCCUUUUUUUUGUCUCAUAAGAUGGGGAUGGCUUAAGUGACUACCUGUAAACAUUUCAUUACACUGAUACGGUUAGAUAUAUUCAGAACAAUGCGAAUAUUUAAGAAGUCUGCAGUAAAAUAUGAAGGUGUCGAGAUUCAAAUAUUUG